AGAUGAAUCGUGCUCACGUGCUUCCGGACGGCGUAAGAAUAUGUGGACAAAAAUAUUGGACGGAGAUGUGCGCGACUUGGAGUCACUAGAGGAGUAUGCUGUCAGAUGGGAAGAAAUAUUUGGACGAUGGAAAAUGCCCAAAGUCAUGUAA